AUGGAAUAUAAAGAAAAUAUCGAUACUAAUACACAAAGAGAUAUAGAAAACACACAACUAGAUGCCCAAAAAGACUAUUAUCUAUUUGAAAGUUUUGCAACUCAAUUAAAAUUUUUAACUGUUUCAAGAGAAAUGCUAACCAAUGCAAUAAAACUGUUUAAUAGCAAGAUUCAAAGUGAUAUUGACUCAUUUCCAAACAUAUCUUUUUUACCAGAAAUAUUUGUACAAGAAUUCACUAAAUUUAUGCACGAAAACUUUUUUAAUGAUUCUGAACCGAUGAAAGAGUUCUUUGCUACACUAAAAAUAUUAAUUUCAAAUGCAGAAAGCUUUAAUUUUCUUGUUGUAAUCGGAAUCUUCGAUGAGAUAAGUUCAGCAUUUGAAAAUGGAGAGAAUGUACUUACAUUUAUUGAAAUAUUUGACCUAAUUACAGAAAUAUCAGAAAAUUAUCCAGAUGCUAUCGAAUAUUUUGAAAAAAUCGACUAUUUUUCAUCUUUAAAGUACUGGAUCACUCAACAAGGAACUGAAGAACAUUAUCUCAGAUUUUUUUCUUCUAAUAUCUCUGAAAAUAGCACAGAUAACUAUAUUUUGCAAUUUCUUCAGAUAAUAACCAUGACAAUUCAGUUCGAUCAUGUACAAAACCCAGAAAAUUAUAUUUAUUCAUUAAGUACAUUGUUUUCAGUAGAUUUUUCAGAUUAUGUCAAAUCCCAACUUGAAAACAAUCAAAUAAUCAUCGAUUUCAUAUUAAAAACAAUGAUGCAGCAAGAGUAUUCUGAUGUUUGCAUUCCAUUUAUUACAAAUUUGCCGGGAAAAAUAAAUAUUGAUUAUGAUCCAUUUAUUGCAAAUCUGAUGAUCCUAUGGAAUGAAAAAAUACAACCACAAUAUAUACUACAGUUCUUUAUUGAACUAAUGAUUAAUUUUGAAACAAAAAAUUUUGUUCAUGAUUUAAUCCCAAUAUUAGUAGAAAUUCCACAAUAUUAUUCGAGCUUGGAGUUCGAUUCUAAGGAUGUAUGUAAGUUUUUUAUCAUAAUUUGUCUUCUCAACUUACCAAAAUCAGAUUUUGGCUCAUUCAUGACAGAAGAGUUCCAAGAAAUCCUAAUUGAAAUGCAUGAAGUCACAAAAUACCAAAAUCAACUUUACAAAGUUUAUUUACGAAUUGUGACUGAAAUUAACCAAGAUUUUCGAAAUAAACUUGAGAAUAUAGCCGAAGAUAUUGCAGAUGAAGAGAUUAAUGAAGAAGAGGAAGACUCUGAAUACCAAGAUUUAAUACUCCAGGUUUUAUCUAAUUGA